GCCCCUCGGCAUCGAUCUGGAUGCUGAAGACGGAGGUAACUCUACGUCAGAUCCUCCACUAGGCUGGCAAGUACACGUACAUCCUCGGACGCUCGCAGCCCAUGACGCCACAGAUUAUCACCGACAUCGACAAAAGGGAGAUGCGUCAUUCCUAGGACAUGCUCGCUAUUACUGCCAACUGCUGCGGGUACGCCGUCCGAUUAAACGCGCAACAAUUAAAGCAAAACAACGCUAGCCUGAGCUUAUCCGCAACUAUCUCGACCGCGAUACCAAACUUGUUAAACGCAGCCCAUCUUUUGCCCAGCGGUACAUGCACACCAUAGCGGAAGAGAUUGCCGAGGCCAUCGGAAGGCGUGGCCCGCUAGUUCUAGGUUGCCUCUGGGACCCUGGCUUUCGCCGCCCCUACAUGGCCGUGUUCGUCGGGGAAACCUACCAGGAUAAUACUGCUGCUCUGCCACAGACAGUGGCGUUCACGGCUUCUCGCCUGGAGGGUGUCACUGGCGAGUUUGACCUUAAUGACGUUGCCAGGCACGUGUCGUUCAAGGUGGGUGUGGAAGAUCAGAACAGUCGAGUGCCUAGGCUCAGGAUCAGGCGCUGGCUUCCGGGGAUGUGCUUCUUCAGCGGCGUGCCCAGAAAGGAAGUUGUGUUUCCGUAGCCAGCUUACUGUCACGACCAGGGCAAGGCAUUGAGGUGAACUCAGUCCAUUGGGUGCUAUCGACGAAGAUUCUAAACUGAGGAGGGAAAGAAGGAAAAGUCCGACAACGCGUCGCGUGCUCGCGAAUAAGUUUUCAUCUAUCAGUGGGGUAGG